GGAUGUCUACAUUAUUGUAGAAGUAGAUAUUGACAGUUGAUGUAAAUAACUUAUAUUAUUAUACUUUAUGUCCAAUGCCUUAACCAGGAGCUCGCCUGCUCAUUCUGAAAGAUCGCGUUGGCGCAUUGGGACGUGGUUCCGCCGCUCGGCGUCGCUGGGGCCACUGACCAGCUGCUACCGUCGCCCAGCACCGGAGCGAGCCGAGCAAGAAGAAGGUUCCAGCAAUUCUUUGGCUGCAUUCUUCAGGAAGCUUGCUAUAAAGCGUAAAUCAGAUAAUGCGGAGCCUUCGACCAGCCAGGAUGUAGUGGUGGACGAACCGUUAGUAUCCAUUGAAACAAGGGUGCUUCUACACGGUGCAAGUAGCUUGCGCAAGUCAUAUGCGUUUUAA